GUGACUGAGCUAAGAUGGCGUCGCCCGGUUCCCGGUGGCUCCUGGCUGUGUCUCUUCUGCCUUGGUGUUGCGCCGCCUGGGAGCUGGGGCAUCUGAACCCGCCUUCGCCGCCGCCGCUGGUGAUCUGGCAUGGGAUGGGAGACAGCUGUUGUAACCCCAUAAGCAUGGGUGCCAUUAAAAAGAUGGUGGAGAAGGAAAUACCUGGGAUUUACAUCCUGUCUCUAGAGAUUGGGAAGAACAUGAUGGAGGAUGUGAAGAACAGUUUCUUCAUGAAUGUCAAUUCCCAAGUCACGAUAGUGUGCCAGAUUCUGGAAAAGGAUCCUAAGUUGCAGCAGGGCUACAAUGCUAUCGGGUUCUCGCAGGGAGGCCAGUUUCUGAGGGCAGUGGCCCAGAGAUGCCCAUCACCUCCCAUGAUCAACCUGGUCUCAGUUGGGGGACAACAUCAAGGUGUUUUUGGCUUCCCUCGAUGCCCAGGAGAGAGUUCUCACAUCUGUGACUUCAUCAGGAAAACGAUCAAUGCUGGUGCUUACUCCAAAACUGUUCAAGAAUGGUUGGUGCAAGCAGAGUACUGGCAUGACCCCCUCCAGGAGGAUGUGUACCGCAACCACAGCGUCUUCCUGGCAGACAUAAACCAAGAGAGGUGUGUCAAUGAGUCCUACAAGAAGAACCUGAUGGCCCUCAAGAAGUUUGUGAUGGUGAAAUUCCUGAACGAUUCCAUGGUGGACCCUGUAGACUCUGAGUGGUUUGGAUUUUACCGAAGUGGCCAAGCUAAGGAAACCAUUCCCCUCCAGGAGAGCACUCUGUACACAGAGGACCGCCUGGGGCUAAAACAAAUGGACAAAGCAGGAAAGCUAGUGUUUCUGGCUAAGGAAGGGGACCAUCUUCAAAUGACUAAAGAAUGGUUUAAUGCCCACAUCAUCCCUUUCCUUAAGUGAAGCCCUUGCACUUUGCAGCAGAGCUCAGGAAACCCCAGCUCUCUCUGCUAAUCUAGCUUGCAAGUAGUCCUCUCCUGUUAUCUACCAUGCCCUACUUGGAAGAUCUAAGAUCCCAAUCUUAUUCUUUGCCGCCUCCUAUCCCAUAUGGUGUUGAAUUCAAGCUUAAUUAGCUAAUAACCAUGGAGAUUGCCUUACGACCUUGUGAUAUGGUCGAGCUUCCUCUUAAGGAGUCUGCUGUUGCAGAUCAAUGAUUGUGCCCAAAGCAGACAAGACGUGGAGCAGGGAGACAGGCUCUGAGGGCAAAACCCACAGACUUGGGAGCGAGUAAGAGCCUGGUGGUACCCAGUCCCGAGGUGCUCACACAAGCAUCACCUGCAUGAUGUUUCUGCACCAUCUCCUAAGGCUGUUUUCCUAUCUAGUGGCACCUAGCAGUCACUCCACAGGCCUACACUCCACAGGCCUACCGCCACGCCCCCACAGAACUCACCUUGUAUCCUCAGCAGUGGAAUUAGUCACAAAAGGAGGGAACAGCCAGCAGGGUUGCUUAAGAGAAGAAAUGCACUUUUUUUUUCCUUUGAGACAGGGACUCACUUUGUCGCCCUAGCUGGCUGGAACUCACUAUGUAGAGCAGACUGGCCUUGAACUCACAGAGAUCCCCCUGCCUGCUGACUGUUGGGAUUAGAGGCAUGUGCCACCACACCUUACAGCAAUGUGUGUCUUAUAUAUACCAUGAGAUAGUGGGAAAUGAGAAGUGAAAACAAGGCCAGGUGGUGGUGGUGCACGCCUUUAACCCCAGCACUCAGGAGGCAGAGCCAGGCGGAACUCUGAGUUCGAGGCCAGCCUGGUCUACAGAGCGAGUUCCAGGAAGGCACCAAAACUACACAGAGAAACCCUGUCUCAAAAAAACAAAAACAAGUGAAAACCAGGGGUGACUGUCCCUGCCACUCCAUUCUUGGCUCACUGCCCUCAUAUUACUAGUAAAUGUCGCUUACACCACUGCCCAUGGGGAACCAGUCUGAAAAGAUGGACUUUUACACUCCUACCCCAAUCCUAUUUACCAGCAUACUCCACGCUGCUGCUGAUUUGGUUCAAGAAAACAACGGAGGAAUAUUGUAGACUUCCUUUUCCCUCUGGAGACCAACCCACAUUAAAAACUGACGGCCGACUCUGAUGGUUAAAGAGGAGCAGCGACCCACCCCUUCCUGGGCUAUUGGAGCAUGGACCCUUCAGCACCCAUGCUGGGACCACAGCACUUUCUGGAUGAUUCCUAUCUAGUUUGGAGAAAUGACUGUUUUCAUGAAGGCACCCUGUUAGCCCUUUGCCAGCUUUUCCUUUUCUUAAAUCUAUUGUUCAAAUAAAAAAAUGAGGUUUAAGGACAGGAAGCGGGAGGAUGUGAAAAUAACUUUACCAGGCUGUCUAAAAUAAAGAAUAGUUUCUUA